AUGACGAGUACACUCGGAGUCCCCGUCAAGCUACUCCACGAAGCACUGGGUCAUGUUAUCACUGUAGAACUCAAGACUGGACAGCUGUAUCGAGGAAAACUGGCUGAGGCCGAGGAUUCAUUGAACAUCUCGCUCAAAGACAUCACCGUCACUGGGAGAGACGGUCGCAUCUCGCAACUGGAUCAGGUCUACAUUCGCGGCAGCAUGAUCCGCUUCUUCAUCGUCCCAGACAUGCUUCAAAAUGCUCCAAUGUUUAAGCGCGUCGGACCAAACGCCAUGCGAGGACGUGGUAUCGGAACGGCGAGAGGACGAGCCACAAUUAUGAGAGCCAACGAGGAAGAGGUGGUGGAGGAGCUCAACAACCUCGUGGUAUUCGAAGAUGAUCACAACUGUUAUCGGUCAUCGGGACAGAGCGAACUCAAAUCCCUGACAGUGCUUCAUCUUAUUAUGUACAUCUACAUGAUGAAAGCUAAAAGUCUCUUCUUUAUUACCGGCUCAAGAUUUCCGGGUCUCUGCGUCGCAGCCAUUGUUCUCGCUGUUUCUAUUCCUCAAAUCGUCUAUGUGCAUUUCGCCGACCCUAUGGAUGCAAAGCGUCCCUUGCCCGUACCAUCUUUGAAACAAUGUCUCCAGAUCGACGUAACUAUAUGGAGAUUACUGAGAGAGUCGAUACGUGUUGGGAGACGUAUCGCUCGUGAGGUGCUGUUGCGGAGAGUUCAACGGUCUGUCAACCAUCGAGUCGUUCGCAAUAUCGCCUUUGGCUCUAAUAAUCUAUCGCUGGACGUUUACAUCCCAAUGGAAAGUGCAACAACUGGGAGCUCGGCGCCGGUUAUUCUUUUUCUCGCACCACAAAUCCGCCCAUUUGACACGCGGAAACUCGUGUUCUCAUCGCUUGGAGCUACUUUGGCAGAAUCCAUCGGAUGCGUAGUGGUAAUUCCAGAUCUGACGAAUUAUCCAAACGGACGCAUCAGACAGCAGGUUGAGGACAUCAGAGCGGCUAUACACUGGACAAAAGGAAACAUUCAUCUUCAUGGAGGUGAUUCAUCCCGAUUGAAUCUCGCUGGCCUAGGACUGGGUGGUCUCUUGGCCUUGCUUGUGCCAUUACAGUCUGCGGUUGUCAAAUCCCGAAGUCUUAUCAUUCGUGAUCGAAAAAUGAGUAUAGAGCUUCCUGCGGGUGUCGAAGAGGUCAAGGAGUAUGGCAGUGAUUAUCCUCUUCCAAGGAUAGACGGGCUGAUACUUAUCGAUGCUAUUACCAAUGUUGAUGAACAACUGACCGAGGAGACGAGUCGUGGAAUACAACACCUUAGUCUUACACGCAGGCUCUUGGGUCCUAGCGAGCGUACUUGCUACUUUCACUCUCCGGCUCAUUUGCUCUAUGCAGCGCGCAACAUCCUGCAACUUCAACUACUUCCUCAGAAAGUACUAUUUAUUCACGGGGGCCUCGACAGGUACACCAAGCAUACACAAAGCGAGACGAUGAAGGAAAUCAUGCGUGGUGUUGGCAUCCAAGGUCAUGCAGUCAAUGACACUUCGUAUGCUAAAGUCAAAGUAUACCCUACAGACCUCUGGGAUACGGCACUAGGAAUGAUGUGUGACACGCAAGGGUCUCCCGUGAUUGACGAAAUUUAUUCCUUUCUCUGGGACGAGGAUUUACUCACGCCGCGAGCAAGGGAAGCAGCCUUGUAG